AUGGAACUAAAGGGUAGUGAACUCGGCUCUGUCAUAGGGUCCCUUGGGGAGUUCCUCAUCGGACUCGCGGUCCUAAUUAUUGCUCUACUAAAUGGGUAUCAGUUGUAUAUGUGGAUGAAGGGGAGAGUUGCUCCGCCGUCUCCAACUCCUCAAGCUCCCCCGCGAGUUCUACCUCAGCUUCCAGUCUCGGUUCCUUAA